CUGGCGACCUCUUGCGCAACUACGCGACGUUCCUGCCUUUGCCGUGAGGAGGCAGUGGCUGGCGGGAAGGAGGAAGAGGAGGAGGAGGAGGAGGAGGAGGAAAAAAAAAGAAAGUGUUGGUGGCGGCGCUUGGAGCCGCGGGAUGGAGGUUCAGCCGCCGCCACAGCCGCGGCCGUCGCCGCCCCUACAGGAGCUGCUGGGGCGUUGCCUCCCCCGACUCCCGCAGCCGCUGCUGUUUGAAGAGGAGCCCCACCAGCUAUUCAUGCUUAAGGAUAAGUGGUGGAGAUAAGCAUGAGACCAGCGUGGCACAGCUGUAUGUAUAUGCACAAUUGAAGCAAUUGCACACUUUAUUGGCUGACAAUCUUGGCAUUUUUUAGCAAAAAACAAAAUUUAAAGACCCAACACAUUUGUGUUUGACUUGUCAAAUAAACUUGCGUUGUCACCUGAUGGAGCCUUCUAGUGGUGAACAACUCUAUGAUGACCCUGAUGUUGGAAACAAAACUCAAGAUCCAGAAAAUAAAAGGCAGCAUGAAUCUGAACAAAAGCUGUCAAAAAUUACCCACAAUGCCUUGGAGAACAUUAAUGUAAUUGGUCAAGGUUUGAAGCACCUCUUCCAGCAUCAGCGUAGGAGGUCGUCAGUAUCUCCCCAUGAUGUCCAACAAGCUCAGGUUGAUAUGGAACCUGAAACAGAAUUGGAAAACCAAAACACCUAUGCUGAAAUUGAUGGUGUCUCUACCCACUCUACAGCUCUGAAUAGAGUUCUCCAACAAAUCAGAGUGCCACCUAAAAUGAAGAGAGGAACAAGCCUGCAUAGCAGACGGGGCAAGUCAGAUCCUCCGAAAGGAAGUCCUCAAAUCAACAGGAAGUCUGUCCAAGAUAUUAAUUCAGGUCGUCCCAGAUCCUCAUCUACUACUGAUGCUCCAUCUAAUUUAUCAAUUCUGGAGAUGGCCUCUCCUAUCUGCUUAGCUGGUGACGACGUUGGAUCAGUAGAUCGGAUCGAACGAUUAGAUGUAAGUAGCCUAGCACAAACAACUAACGCAGUGGCAUCAAGCACAGACUGCAGUAUCAAUGCAGAUUCUGUUGAUGGAACACCAGAUCCACAACGCACAAAAGUGGCCAUCACUCAUCUGCAGCAGAAAAUACUGAAACUCACAGAGCAAAUCAAAAUAGAGCAAACCGCCCGGGAUGACAAUGUAGCCGAAUACCUGAAAUUAGCCAAUAAUGCUGACAAGCAGCAGAGUGCCCGGAUUAAGCAGGUGUUUGAGAAGAAGAACCAGAAAUCAUCCCAGACAAUCCUCCAGCUGCAGAAGAAGCUAGAGCACUAUCAUCGGAAGCUGCGAGAGAUUGAACAGAAUGGUAUUCAUCGGCAGCCCAAAGAUGUCUUGAGGGACAUGCACCAAGGACUAAAGGAUGUAGGAGCAAAAGUCACUGGCUUCAGUGAAGGAGUAGUAGAUAGCGUUAAAGGUGGACUUUCCAGCUUUUCCCAGGCAACUCAUUCAGCAGCUGGAGCCGUUGCUUCUAAACCUCGGGAAAUUGCCUCCCUCAUUAGAAACAAGUUUGGAAGUGCUGACAAUAUUGCUAAUCUGAAGGAUGCUUUGGAAGAGAGUCAAGAAGACGGGACUGGAGGAAAGACUUUAGGUGUUCAUAACUUUCAGUCGAGCCCAAAAUAUGGCAGUGAGGAAGAUUGUUCCAGUGCUACAUCAGGCUCAGUGGGAGCCAAUAGCACCGCAGGUGUCCAAUUGGGAGCACCAAGCUCCAAAACAAACACUCUGGAAAUGCAAAGCUCAGGGUUUGAUGCAAUACUGCAUGAGAUUCAAGAGCUCAGAGAGGUUCAAGUACGACUGGAGGAGUCCUUUGAAGAUCUCAAGGUUCACUACCAGCGAGAUUAUUCCUUGAUAAUGCAGGCUCUACAGGAAGAAAGAUACCGAUGUGAGCGACUAGAAGAACAGCUGAAUGACCUGACUGAGCUUCAUCAGAAUGAAAUCCUCAACUUAAAACAGGAAUUGGCCAGCAUGGAGGAAAAAAUAGCUUACCAGUCCUAUGAACGAGCCAGAGAUAUCCAGGAGGCCCUGGAAGCCUGCCAGACCAGAAUCUCCAAGAUGGAACUGCAGCAGCAACAGCAGCAAGUUGUCCAGUUGGAGGGCCUUGAAAACGCCACUGCCAGAAAUCUUCUGGGCAAACUAAUAAACAUCCUUUUAGCGGUGAUGGCUGUCCUGUUGGUGUUUGUCUCCACCGUAGCCAACUGCGUGGUCCCCCUGAUGAAGACUCGCAGCAGGACGUUCAGCACUUUCUUUGCCAUGGUCUUCAUUGCCUUUCUGUGUAAGCACUGGGACGCCAUUACCAGCUACUUGGAACGCUUCUUUUCACCCCCCAGAUGAUGGCAAGAGCAGGCCGUUGCCUCGCCCACUCGAGCUGGCUCUGGCAAGGAAGGGCAUCAAACUUAGUCGGCAGUUCCUUCCUCCACUGAAGGCGUAACAUGUCCGAGUGUGAAUUUGUUUACAGUUAAAAUAAUAUUUUCUCUCUGAGACAUAUUGGCAAUAGUGAGGGUUUUUUUUAGAAUUUAUUAAAGAACUCUUUUUUUUUGGUCAAAAAACUGUUUUUAUGUAGCAUGGUUCUCUUUGGAUGCAAAUCUUAAUAUUCUGUAUGUGUACAGAGAUAAAACACAAAUCUGGAGCACACCAAUGGGCAAAUUAAAUUAUGGCUCAACUACUGUACUAAACCUGGUCGGAAGAGGACAAUUACAUAAAUUUUAACCAAGAUAAUCCGGUGCAUAGCGAUACUCCGAUUAUCCUACAAUGCUACUGUGAAACCUGACCACCUUCUGUGUCUGAAUGUAUAGCUUCAGGAUGGCUUUCUCUAGUGAAAGACCAAUGCAAUACAUGGAACUUUCUGGAUCUCUUCCUGGGUUUGCCUCUUCUGCUGUUUUAAACUUUCUGGCUAGAUAUAUGAAGUGGAUUAGUUCUACUGUGUACAGUUCCUGCACAGUUGUACUACAGUAUUUUGAAGUAGCCCUUUUGAAUAUUUUAAGCAAAAGCCCUUGGUUGCACUUUGACUGUUUUUUAAUGUAUGUAUAGUCACAGAUCUAAAAAUCCAAAUGGCAUACUUGAAGAGUGUAAUACUCAAACUCUCAGUGCUUCCUUAUUGUUUCUAGUAGGAUUUUUUAUUCUUAUUGGGGAUUGUUUUUGAACUUAAUGGUUGAGAGCAUCAUCUCUCUUUCUCUCUCUUUUGCUCUCUUUGAAUAAAGAAGUGACGUUCUUAAAUGAAGAA